CUAUUUACUUUUGUAUGAGAAAUAGUUCUUAAAAAUUAGAAAUUAAAAAACUAUAGUUAAUUCAAGUUAAUUCUGUCUUAUUUAGUAUAAUAAACGUUCAUAAGUGUCUAAAGAGUAUGGAUAAUCAGAAGAUAUUGCCAGCAGCAAUUGAUUUGCCAUUAAAUCCUAAAGUAUUGGAAGAAGUCAUCUUAAAAGCAAAAGAUUGGGCAUUAAUGCACGGAGUAUGCAUGAGAUCCAAAACGAAUUUCAAUACGGAUUCUCUACAAUUUGCACCGUUCGUUCUCACUCCGUCGCUAUAUCCACGAAAAGAAUUCGAGAAGGCCGUAAAUCUUCAAACAAUUCUCAAUGAGUUAAUUCAUAAGGUUGCGCACGACACUGAGUUUUUACGUGAUACUUUAGCCGGCACAAUUCAGGUCGACGAGUUCACAGCCAAUUUAUUUAAGAUUUACGAGACAGUUUUAGCUGAAGGAAUAACACAGGAAUUAUCACUUGGUCUGGUUCGCUCCGAUACAAUGCUUGAAACCAAGAAAACGUGCAUCAACCCAUGUCAAAAGAAAUUAGAAUGUCAAUCAAAAAAACGCGAUAGGCUCUAUUGUUGCGUUGCGAUGGUCGAGAUAAACACUAUCGCUUCUGGAUUCGGCCAUCUCGGACCUGCUAGUCGGGGCAUUCAAAGCUAUAUUCUAAAUGAAUUGGGGCAUAACGAUAAGAUAAAGAAUCUUCCCGAAAACAAUGCAUUAUCUGGUUUAUGUGACGCAAUGGUUGAAGCAUGGAAUAUUAUUGGAAACACAAAAGCUGCAAUAUUGUUUAUAAUUGAAGACGUCACUUAUAAUAUUUGUGAUCAGCGUUUUCAUGAAUUCCAAAUACGUGAAAAUUAUCCACAUGUUAAAGUAAUUAGAAAAACAUUGACAGACGUUUUUAAUACUGGAGUAUUGGGAAGCAAUAAGGAGCUUAUUGUUGAUGGAAUUGUUUGUAGUGUUGUUUAUUUCCGUGCUGGAUACGAGCCUGGACAUUAUCAUUCACAAAACGAAUGGAGUUCCCGAUUGAUGAUUGAGAGAUCAUCAGCAAUUAAAUGUCCAUCGAUUCAUUAUCAUCUUGCUGGCACCAAAAAAGUACAGCAAGCAUUGGCCAAAAAAGGAAUUUUAAAACGAUUCUUGACUGAUGAGGAAGAAAUCACAAGAGUAAAGGAAAUCUUUACAGGCCUUUACUCUUUAGACAAAGAAGAAGGUGGGGAUCAAGUUGUUGACAUGGUGCUUAAAAAUCCUGAAGGUUAUGUAAUGAAGCCUCAAAGGGAAGGAGGUGGAAAUAAUAUUUAUGGUUCAGACAUUCCUGAGGCACUUACAACAAUGAGCGAGGAGGAGCGAUCAGCUUAUAUUGUUAUGGAUCGUAUUUUCCCUCCAAUUUCUAGGAGCUAUAUGAUUAGACCUGGCGCACAAGGAGCACCAACAAUUGUUGAUUUGGUCUCUGAACUUGGCAUCUUUGGGGCAAUAAUAGGAACAAAAGAGAAAAUUCUUUAUAAUCGACAAGUCGGUCACAUGCUGAGAACAAAAGGAUCAAGUGCUAAUGAAGGAGGUGUGGCAGCUGGCAUGGGAGCUCUUGAUAGCCCAUAUCUUUUUGACUAAUAGAUGUUAUAAAGAUUUUUAUUUUACAUAGAAACACUAUAUUUUGAACAAAAUGUGCAUUCUUAUAUUAAUAUGUUAUGGUGAUGGGCUAAAUCAAAUUUUAUAUACAAUAUAUUCAAAUUACAGCAAGGAUAAAGGACAUUGGAUCAAUUUUUAAUAACAGGGAAUCGUCUAAAUCAAACUUAAGAUAAAACAUACCUAUUUUAUAAUAUUAAAACAAUGAAAUUCUUUUAAAGAACAAAUCAAAUGUAAAGAUGCAUUAAGAUACAGAUUUGAAAACUGACCAAGUUUUGGAUGCAUAACAACUAGAAAAUAUAAGGAUUAAUUAUAAACAGAGCAGCAAAAGCAGCAAACAAACUUAAACAUCAUCUAAAGGUGACUAGUAAAUUGAUUUACAGAUCAACUCUAAAAAACUAUGCAGUUAAAAUUUUUACAUUUGUUUAACUAUGCAGUUAAAAAGUUAUGAAUUAAACCAUCUAUAAACUGUUAUUAAAAACCAUCCUAAAGUAUUAACUCAUUGCUUAUUUUGAAUAAAAAAAA